UUACUAUCAAAAUUAAGAAGAAAAGACAAAUUUUUAUAUUGGUACGAGAACAGUUUAUGAAUUGAGAAGUUGGCAUGCCUUAUACAAUAAGUACAUCUACAGUCAUAAGCGGGCGUGGGAGGGACACCCACGCCACGGCGGUAUCAGGUGGUGGUAGAGUAGGCCACCCGCCGUCGUCAACCAGCAACUGCCAGGAGCUCGGGGUAGGCGACCUGGCCCCAGCUCUGGAUACUGCAUCAGGAAGGGCACCACAGGUAAGCGACCUGGCCUGCGGUGUAUCUACUGCGCCAGGAAGGGUAGUAAGGGAAGAAAUCCACUUGGAGAAGUGGCAAAGGGCUGCCAGGGCCAUUGAGAGCAUGCAGCGCUCCGGCUCGAUGUCACUUAUCCUAGUGAGAAUGCACAAAUAUGCGAGGCUCCUGACCUACUCCUCAGAGGAAGAGGAGUUAAGGGUAGACUUGGCCGGAUUGAAUAAACAAGGACCGGCAAAGACCCUGGCAUCUAGUAUAGAGACUGACAGGCUGCUGGAACGCGCCAGGGACUUUAUCCUAGAAGCCGAAAAGGGGAGGAGAAAAUGCUACAACAACAUUGAGGAUGAAGCUUCAGAAAGAUUGAAACAUUGCCAUAAUAAGGUGCUGGAAGUGAUUGAAGUCCUAAGGGAGAGGCUUCAAAUUGAAGCAGGUGAUCCUACUUCAACCAAGGAGGCCAUAGAACUGCGCAAUAGGUUGGCGGAAUUGAAAGAAAAAAAUGCCCGUCUCGAGAAAGAACGUAGGGAACUACUAUUAAACUCCUUGGCUGCGAGGAGCCAAACAACGACCCGAGAUACUGCAGCUUUUGGUCUUUGCAGAGAACCCUCUGCACUGGUCUCAACAUCGGAUCGUCAUACAAGUAUCCAGCAACAGCUACAGCAGCAGCAGCAGUGGCAGCAGACAACGAAUAGAGCAACGACUGGAGCUGAUGGGCCACACAAAGGCUCCACCCUCUGUGUUGAGUCCACUCGAUCCCCUGACGCAACCCUGACGCAACCUUUGCAAGAGCAGGCGGCCCUCAGUAAAACAAGGAAGAAGAGGAAUGGGGCGCAGAGAAGAAAGAAGAGGAGGCAAAGGGAAAGAGAAAUAGCUGCAUUUUCCCUAUCCUGUACUGAGGAGACGACGUACUGAGAUGCGCUCCUCCGGGAUAGGGAGAACAUUAAUAUAAAGGACUUGGGGAUCGACAACAUGUUGUGCAGAAGAGACCUCACGGGCGCAGGUACGAGAUACAGGGGCAAUUGAGAAGGCCGACCUGGUAGCGGAAACCUUGAGCAAUGCCGUCUCAGAACCAAGAAUUACAUGCCCUCUGCGCACUAUGCAAGGCGAAUGCCGGCUUGGUUCACCGAGAAGGGAUACUGGGCGAAUAUGUACUACGUUUAUGCGCGAUAUCGCCCACCCCCUCUUUCCUCAACGAGUUAGUAUUAAGCAUUGGGAGGUUUUUUAGUCGGUAGGCGAUCCGAACCUGAGAGUAUGUUCAGACGGGUUGAAUCCAACACUCCCCUGAGUACCGGGCUCAGGGGGCCUAUGAAGGUUUUUCCUCCUGACGAAGC